CAAUUAAGUCGUUGAUUCAUUCUUAAAUUUCCAACCUUACGAGCUACAUCGCAGCUCACUCCUAAUGUUUUUCUCGCUAUUAGUCGUCUCCUGGAUCAAUCUUAGUUUUCGUUUGUAUCGAGCUUUUAACAAUUUAAUUUUGAAAUCCGUAGCUUUUUCGCGACAGAUUACUCCAGACCGGCAAUCUUGACGGUGGCCUCCUUCGGGAUUUAAGGAGAAGAUGGAAGGUUCUCGCCCUUGCCAGAGUUGCAGGAAGAGAACUCUGGUUCCCGACGAUGUAACGGGCAAUAUGGUCUGCACAUCGUGUGGCGUCGUUCAGGAUUUCGAUAAUUUUCAGGCGCAUAUUGGCGGCGUCACUGGCGACACGGGCACUUUUGUUCGUGUCGGCACUGUUGGCAGUGGUAGUGUUCGCAACUACAAGGAAAAUAAAAUUUUUGAAGCCCAGAAAUUGAUUGAGGAUUUUAUGUUCAAACUAGGGCUUUCUGGUUCGAAGUCUCAUGAGGUUAAGCUUUUGGUUGAGAAAAUUACUAAUGCAGAAUAUGGCCAGGGGAAAUGGUUUCCAGUUUUUGUUGGUGCUUGUGCUUAUGUUGUGAUGAGAAAGGAUCAGAAGAUGCUGCCAAUUGUUGAAGUAGCGGAUUUGGUUGGUUGUGAUGUUUAUGAAUUAGGUCGAAUGAUUAGUCGGGUUGUCGAUUUUAUUGAUUUGAAGUUGCCAGAGUUUGAUAUCGUUAAAUCUUUCGAACGCGCGAUCAAGAGUUGCCCAAGUUUUGGCAAGGCUCCGGAGGAUGUGGUUCAGAGGAUGUUGCAACAAGGGGUGUUUUUGAUCCAGUGUUUGAUCAAGUGGUUUGUGACAACUGGAAGGAAGCCUAUGCCUGUGGUGGCUGCAGUCUUGCUUUUUGUCGGGGAAUUGAAUCAGGUACAUGUAAAGAUUGAAGAUUUGGCCAAGGAAUUGCAUGUAGCUGUUAUUACAUGUAGACGGAGGUACAAGGAACUACUGGAGAGACUUGUUGCAGUUGCUAGAGCUUUGCCUUGGGGAAAAGAUGUAACAGUGAAGAACAUUGUGAAGAAUGCUCCAUUUGUCAUUCAGUACAUGGAGAUGAAGUCGACAACACAGGAAAGAGAGAGCUUUGAGGAUGUCCAGUAUGACAUGGAAGGAUUGGUUGGACACUGUUUGCGCAAAGAGAUUGGGUAUACAUUUGAUAGCUAUACCGUGGAAGAUUCCAGCUCUCAGUAUUUUGAAGUUGACCAAACAUCAAAUUUGAGCAGUGAUUGUCCUGACAAAUUCCAGAUUUCCCCGGAAUCUCUGACCAUGAUUUAUUCUAAUUUCUUGGAUGAAGUUUCUUUGGUCAAGGCCACUGAGGAGAUAGGUAUAGGGAAUAAACGGAAAAGGCGAAAAACGUUCGACCUUCAAGCAUGUACAGAUUGGUGGCAAGGCAAAUCAGACUUGAGCAAAAAGCUUCUCCUAAAGCAGAUAUUGGAAAAGGAUGUGGGGUUGGAUGCUAUGCCCCCAUCUUUUGAUAAGGCAUGCUUAGUUAGGGGAAAGCGGCAGGAAAAGAUAAAAGCUGCCAAGCUGCGCAUCCAGAGGAUUAUGCAUCCUGGAAUUGUUGCCUCUGGUUAUAGCAAUGGUAUUUGUCUUUUUGAGCCAGAAAAAUCUGAGAAGAAGAGAAAGAAAAUGAAAGUGGAUACGGACUGGGAAGAUCUCAUCAUUGAAACUCUCCUACUUCAUAAUGUAAAGGAAGAGGAGAUAGAGAAUGGACAUUACAACGUCUUAUUGGCUUUGCAUGUAUUUGAUGAUGGCAUUGCAUGAAUGGUUGCAGUGAUGUCUAUGUUCUAAACUGAAGCUGUUAGUACAGAAUAUGCGGACAUCAGUUUUGGCUUUGCAUGUAUUUGAUGAUGGCAUUGCAUGAAUGGUUGCAGUGAUGUCUAUGUUCUAAACUGAAGCUGUUGGUACAGAAUAUGCGAACAUCAAUUUGGCAGAUGCAUUUCUCUACCAGAAACUCCUACAAGCAGAAGUUUUCCUUCUAUUCUUUAUCGUUCCUGCACUGCAUUAUUGUUCUUUCGGCUGUGGAAAUUUUAUGAGAACAAGGACACGGAAGGAAGAUGCGAAACAAAGACAUGAGAGAACAUCAUUUGGAACUUGAUGCAGUUCUUGAUGUGCCUAGAUAACAAGAUAAGCCUGAUGUUUCAUUACUGGCCUGCAGCAAAUGCAUCAACUGGGAAAGUCUUGGUGAUGCCUGCAAGACUCUUGAAGUGGAUCUUCCCAGUAGGUGGAUCAUCAACGGUUAUCUCACUGA